GCGAGACUUGACCAGCUGUUAAGGCAGUGUUUUUUUAGAGUGGUGCUAGUCGGUCAACACGUGGGGAGAAUAGGUUGACUUUCCACCGGGACGCGUUUGAAAAAGUCACAUUAAAAAAAAAUUGCUCUCAUCGUGGCGGGACAGAGGACCCUAAAAUACUGUGUAGCUGUUAGCACCCUGAGGAAAUGCCGUUGAGGUUUCGCGCUGUUGUGCCCUACACACUGCCUGGAGUCCUGGCACUUAUCGGCUGGUGGUGGUACAUCUCGCGGAAGAAAGAGCGGCUUAUCAACCCUGGGAGCCUAGAGGGGGCUCCAACUGCAAUGGGCCUUAGAGCAUCUCCAGCAGAGGUUAGCAACGGUUUGGUUGAGAAAGGCACUGUAUCCCCCACAAAUGACCCCAAAAGCCCCACCCAUAUACCUCUGAAGGUCAGUAACCAGGUAGCAGAAAAUGAAAAUAUGUCCCAGGUCAUCAUCCAGGAUGCUGAAGCAUCACCUUCACUGGAAAAAAGCACUGAAGAAGUUGUUCCUUCCCAUAAACCCUCAGUCUCUGCUCUAUCAUCACCUGGUAACAAAGACAGCCUGCAGUUUUCACUGAAAGAACAUGAAGACCCAGAGAAAAGCUUAUCACCUGCCUUGGUAAAAGAGCUGAAGAAACACCUAGUCAAAGAUCCAGCCACAGUAGAAGAGGUCAUCUUGCCCUGCCAGUCUACUAAAGAUGCGAACUCCUCCCCCACAGCAGCACACCUGUCUGAUGCAGAGAGGCCUGAGCCAGAGGGGGAGGUUGCAAGUCACUACGGCACUGUUAACACAGAAGAAGAAAUGGUUGUUUGUGCAGUCGCCCCAGCUGAAGUGCAGAGAGUGAUCCGGUCAGAGGUUGACUUUUUAGAGACAUCUCCUUCAGCACAGGAUUUUCAUCAACAUAUUCUAACCAGCACACCCACCUUCCCUGCCUCCAUGGCCCUGAAAACAGUCCAAGACACCAACAUCAAAUCAGUGACCCCAGAGGACAUCCAAGGACAUAGUGGCAGUGGAGAGGAGCAGGAUCUGGAGCUUCUGGCGUCUGGAUUCAUAACUGAGGUCAUCUCGGCAGCCACCCAGGAGAUCCUUGGUGUCACCAGCUGCCAGGUUAUAGACAACAGCCAGCCCAGCUGCCGUAGCAGCACACCACUGGGUACUGGCAGACUAUGCUCCAAGCAAGAGGCACUCACAGCAGUAAAGCAGCACCACCAUCUACCGACAAGCCCCUCUCAGAUAGGCUGUGAGUCUAGAGAGGCAACAGAGAAAGGAGAGCAAGGGGUGCCUAAUGGGUGCUCUCCGCUCAGUCACAGGGUUCAUCAGACAAACAGUGCUCAGAGAGGCCACUGGUCAACACCAUCACACCAAGCAGCACAAAGUGUCCCUUCGCUAAAAGUUAAACUGGAAGGUGAUGAAGCAGCUGUGCUGGCUGAGGACUCGGCCUGCAGCACCUGUCACUCUGAGGAUGGCAUCAGCAAUGAGGACCUCCAGAACUGCACAUUUGGCAACAAAAUGGAUUUGAUCCAGGUUACAGACUAUUCAGCAAGAGAAGCCACACAACCUCAGUCUCUGGUUGAGGCCACCAUAGAGGCAGCAGUUUUGGCUGAAAGUGUAGAAAACUCAGUGGAUGCUGUGUGUGAGAUUAAGAGGCUCAAUGAAAUGGGCCUGAGGAAUGGAGCCCAAGGGACAUGUGAGGUGGAGACAGACCAGUCUGGAGGGUCUGAUGUGAACAGCAUGGACUCGGUGGACAGUGGCUGCACUAUGGGUGCCGGAGAAAGCCAGAGCAACCACACUGCCUCCUCGAGCUCUGAGCUCAUCAUCUGGGAAAUUGAGGUGCCAAAGCACCUUGUAGGGCGGUUAAUAGGGAGGCAAGGAAGAUACGUAAGUUUCCUGAAGCAAAGCUCUGGUGCGAAAAUCUACAUCUCCACCCUGCCUUACACACAGGAGUUUCAGAUCUGUCACAUCGAGGGUACACAGCAGCAAGUUGACAAAGCCCUGUCCUUGAUUGGGAAGAAGUUUAAAGAUCUCGACCUGACCAACCUUUAUGCACCUCCACCUCCCCCACUCACAUUGCCAUCACUUCCCAUGACCUCUUGGCUUCUGCUUCCCAGUGGAGUGACAGUUGAAGUGAUAGUGGUGAAUAUAGUGUCAGCUGGACACAUCUUUGUCCAGCAGCACACCCAUCCCACCUACCACGCCCUGAGAAGCCUUGACCAGCAGAUGUUCCUCUGCUACUCCCAUCCAGGCACCCCUGCUCUGCCCUCACCUGCUGAAGUGGGUGUGAUCUGUGCAGCUCCAGCAGUAGAAGGAGCCUGGUGGAGAGCUCAGGUCAUCACCUUCUAUAAAGAAACAAAUGAAGUGGAGAUUAGAUACGUUGAUUAUGGUGGCUAUGACAGAGUUAAGAUCGACUCACUACGGCAAAUAAGGUCUGAUUUUGUAACACUACCAUUUCAGGGUGCAGAAGUAUUGCUUGAUAACAUCGCCCCACUACCAGGAGAGGAUCAUUUCUCGCCAGAGGCCACAACAGCAUUGGAGGAAAUGACCAGAGGAGUGGCACUACUUGCGCAAGUCUCAAACUAUGAUAACAACACCGGCCUCCCCCUCGUCCACUUGUGGAACAUGGUUGGAGAUGAGAUAAUAUCAGUGAAUCGUAUGUUGGCAGAGAGGGGUCUGGGAGUUUGGGUGGAUGGAUUUUGAACACCUAACAUGCUCUGAUGCCCCCAGUCUGGGACCCUGGUCAUUCUGGGCUCAUGGCCCCACCAGACACAUCACUGGAUCUAAAGAAGAUUGUUUUUCCUUUCUUAUCUUUUUACACCCCCUCCCCUUUGAAAAUGAAAAAUUGUUUGUAGAAAUAAUCUACAUUGAAAAGAACACAGCACUGCUUCAAAAUAAGACACACACACUCCCGCUCUUGUACACUGAAAGAACUUAAAAACUAAAGAUGGAAGGGAAGAGGUAGUUGUAAUUUUUUUUUAAUCUAUUGUGAUUAAAUAAAGGUUCAACCAAUAUUUUUUUUCCUCCCUCAUCCUACCAUUUUUGCCCUGGGCCUUUGCCCACUGACUGGAUCAUUAUGCUGUGUGGAAAGACACACCCCCACCAGCGUGUGUAGACAAUUGUAAGCGGUUUGAGUUUCAUUGACACCAAGACUCUAGUCAUUUGUAGGUAUGGGCAAUUCAACUUAAUUUAGCAGAUUUUUGGCAGUUCUUGUCUGGAUAGCAUGUGGGGGGAAGAAAGCCUGCAGAGAAUGAUCAGUAAUGGUACAACAAAGAGAAGGAGAGGUCAAAAGGUGGUCCCUGGUGAAGCACAGAGCAUCCAGUAGGUCAGCCCUGUGGCCUCAAGAGAUAUGGACUUCUGUGGGGUCUUCUUCCAGAGCUGCUGCUCCUUUGUCCCACUGGGACACAGGAGUGAGGUGAUUGCACUUUCUCUACUUUUUUUUCCCACCAGCCUGCGCUUUGUUUCAGCGGAGCCAGGAAUUUCAACCUAACAGACAAAAUGUUAUUGAACAGCUUUUCAAAAUGAGACUCCAUGAUGAGCGAGUGGUCUCAGUAUUCUUGUGAUGCAUUUUUCUGACAUCCCAAAGUAAGGCGACAAAUGAUAAAGAUCAUUAACUGUUUAAUCAUCAAAUGACGUAUAUGUUCUGUUUUUAAAGACUGAAAUAUCUGUAACAUAACACUCAGAUUUGUUAUACAUCUCCAAAUCCAAAAAUUAAGUCAGAAGAGAUUAAUUUAAAAAGAAAUGUAUAGAUUCUGCCCCCCCCCC